GUGCGAGGCUAGCGGUAUGAAAAACUAGUUCCCUCCACACACAGACGCACACACGUCAACGUCAACAACGACAAAGACGUCGAAGCGUCGCCGCAGCACAACGGCUGCUAUUUGCAAAUGAAGAUUAUGCUGGAAUAAACCAUUUAAAAUGGGUAACCAGCGUUGGCAGGGGGCUCGUCACACUCGCACCAACAUCAAAAUGGGGGAAACCAGGCCGAAGCCUAAAACAGAAAUUGGCAUCUGCAUCAUCAAGAGGAAAACCCCAACAUGCUGUGAUGAUGAGAACUGCACAUUUCUCGAAGAACACUCUUGUCUGUACGAAAAGUAUUGUAAAGAAGACUGUCCAAUUUUGAGGGAACAAAUUUUUUUUGAGGCAAAGAGCCAGAAUAUUUCCCUUAAGGAACAGAUCCGAAGUCUGAAGGCAAGGCUCGAGGCAGCAGAAGAUGCCUGUGUGAGACUGGACUCUGCAAUGUGCUGAAGUACAAUAUUUGCCCACCACUGCUGUGAAAAACAUUUGCAGCUACUUAGUGGAUAACGUAGGAUGAGUUCAGAUAUGGCAAAGCAUUUUCUCCUAACAAAUUCUUUAUUGUCUGUCUGUCUGUCUGUUUGCACGAUAACUCGAGAAGUAUAAAGUUACUCACUGGGGUGAUCGUAAGUGUGUACAUGAAAUGUAGAACAGCCUGUCUG